AUGACAAGUGCGACUCUAACCACGUCAACUGCGGGACCAGCCACAACAACUGGGAACUGCGACUCCAACCACAAUGGUUGCGGCUCCAACAACAACAACUGCAGGACCAUCCACAACAACUGCGAGACAAUCCACGAUAACAGGACCAACCACAACAACUGUGGGACAAACAACCACAACAGGUGCACCACUCAGAACCACUGCAGCAUCAACAACAACGACAGCUGCGGCCUCAACCACAACAUUUGCGACUCCAACAACGACUGCAGCUGGACCAUCCACUACAGAAGCAUCAACAACCACCACUGCAACACCAACAACCACAACAACUGCACCAACCAGAACCACUGCGACAUCAAAAACCACAACAACUGCACCAACCACAACCACUGCGACAUCCAAAACCACGACAACUGCAGGUCCAACCACAACAGUUGCUGCUCCAACAAUGACAACUGCUGGACCAUCCAUGACAGCAGCACCAACCACCACAACUGGGGCACCAACAACCACAAAAGCCAAUCCAACCACAACAGUUGCGGCUCCAAUAACAACAACUGCAGGACCAUCCACAACAACUGCGGGACAAUCCACGAUAGCAGAACCAACCACAACAACUGGACAAUCCACGAUAGCAGGACCAACCACAACAACUGUGGGACAAACAACCACAACAGGUGCACCUCUCACAACCACUGCGGCAUCAACAACAACGACAACUGCGGCUUCAACCACAACAUUUGCGACUCCAACAACGACUGCAGCUGGACCAUCCACUACAGAAGCACCAACAACCACCGCUGCAGCACCAACAACCACAAACUCUGCUCCAAACACAACAGCUGCCACUUCAACAACAACAACAACUGCUGGACCAUCUACUACAGCAGCACCAACAACCACCACUGCAACACCAACAAUCACAACAACUGCAGGACCAACCAGAACCACUGCGACAUCAAAAACCACAACAACUGCACCAACCACAACCACUGCGACAUCCAAAACCACGACAACUGCAGGUCCAACCACAACAGUUGCUGCUCCAACAAUGACAACUGCUGGACCAUCCACGACAGCAGCACCAACCACCACAACUGGGGCACCAACAACCACAAAAGCCAAUCCAACCACAACAGUUGCGGCUCCAACAACAACAACUGCAGGACCAUCCACAACAACUGCGGGACAAUCCACGAUAGCAGGACCAACCACAACAACUGUGGGACAAACAACCACAACAGGUGCACCACUCACAACCACUGCGGCAUCAACAACAAUGACAACUGCGGCUCCAACCACAACAUUUGCGACUCCAACAACGACUGCAGCUGGACCCUCCACUACAGAAGCACCAACAACCACCGCUGCAGCACCAACAACCACAAACUCUGCUCCAAACACAACAGCUGCCACUUCAACAACAACAACAACUGCUGGACCAUCUACUACAGCAGCAUCAACAACCACCACUGCAACACCAACAACCACAACAACUGCACCAACCAGAACCACUGCGACAUCAAAACUCACAUCAACUGCACCAACCACAACCACUGCGACAUCCAAAACCACGACAACUGCAGGUCCAACCACAACAGUUGCUGCUCCAACAACGACAACUGCAGGACCAUUCACAACAGCAGCAACCACAACAGCUGCCACUUCAACAACAACAACCGUUCCAACCACGACAACAGCUGUACCAACCCCGACCACUGCCACACCAAAGACCACAACAGCCGCUGGAGCCCUUCAGUGUCAAACCUGCAUAGAUCAGAUGUGUUCAAGCACAGCACUAAAAACAUGUUCUUCAGAGACGAUGUGUAUUACAGCUACUAUUUUAGCUUCCUCAUCUGGAACUACGGCAAUGCAAAUCUACAAGGCAUGUGCAUCUUCCUCCCUGUGUCCAGCUACGGGCUCUCAGACAUUUUCAGUUAACUUGGGUAAUCAAAGUGCUCUUGCAUCUGCCACGUGCUGCAAAACAGAUAGCUGCAACUCAAAAACUCUGGCUGCCCCUAAUCCUCAGUCACAUAAUGGCCGACUAUGUAAUGUUUGUUCCACCCCUUUGUGCAACACUCCAUUACAGUGUCAGGGAGUGGAGGAACAAUGCAUUCAAUCCAUCA